AUGUCCUUGAUGCUAUCCGACAACUUGGCUCCUCAGCCUAUAACCGAUAUCUUCACCAAUGACACCAACAUUGACCGCCGCAAGUGCCACCGCACCGUGCCCAUGAAGGUGCUGGCUUUGGGUGUUGGCCGUACUGGCACUGCGUCUUUGCGCAAGGCAUUUGAGCGUCUUGGAUACACCAAGUGCUACCACAUGAUGUGUGCCAGUGUUGAAAACCCUCCGGACUGUCUGAUGUGGCACGAUGCCCUCAAUGCAAAGUACGAUGGCAUCGGCGAGUUCGGCCGCAAGGAAUGGGACCAGCUCCUGGGAGACUGUCAGGCCGUCUGUGACUGGCCUGCCUGUGCUUUCGCUAAGGAGCUUAUCGAGGCAUACCCCAAUGCCAAGGUCAUUCUGACCACCCGAGACGUCGACUCGUGGCACGCUUCCGUCAUGAAGACUGUCUACUGGCGUGUCAGCGACCCCGAGCAUAAGUUCGUCUCGAACUUCAGCUGGGCCGCCGGCAUGUACUACCCCAUGCUGAACAAGUUCUUUGAGACCUUCUUCCGCGGCGACUUCCCCACCCACGGCAAGGAAGUCUACAACGACCACGUCGCCGAGGUGCGCAGCUUGGUGCCUCCCGAGCGUCUGCUGGAAUAUAACAUCAACGACGGAUGGGGCCCACUAUGCGAGUUCCUCGGAGAGGAGAUCCCCGACACUCCAUUCCCCCCCACCCGUAACCGCCACCAGAUGAUGAACGCUGCUCUGCAAGCGGUCACCAUGGGCGGUGCGCUUCUGGCCACCGGCCUUGCUGCUACCAUGGCCUGGAAGCGCUUCGUGCGGUAA